AGUUGUGUGCCACACAGCGCAGCGUACACAAGUCCCGGGUCAAAACGUUAGGUGACAUCCGUUAUCAAUAUCCUGUUCAGUACCCAACUCGCGAUCUGGUCAAAAACGACUAGUGCCAAUUGUUAAUGCAGUGAUCAUUGAUUUUUCUUAAAAUCAUAUAGAACUCAAGGAUAUUUAUCUGAAACAAACGUUUCAAUAUGCCCGAUACGGAGAUUAUUGUGACAAAUGCCGGGGAGCCUUCGACGAAGGCGAGUCUCAUCGUAGUCUCGAAUCGUUUGCCAUUCGUCCUGACACGUAAUUCUAAAACCAAGGAGUUGGAACGUAAGGCCAGUGCUGGCGGUCUUGUUACGGCCGUCUGUCCGGUUGUCAUCAAGGGCAACGGCCUUUGGGUGGGCUGGUCUGGCAUACAUCUAGAAGAUCCCAAUGAGGCGAUACCCGAAUCAAAUCCCUACGACCAGACGCCCACAGCUGGACUUAAAUCCGAUCAAGUUGUCUCCGUUAACAUUGAUGCAAAAAUCUUUGAUAGCUAUUACAAUGGAUGCUGCAACAAGAUCUUCUGGCCGCUCUUCCACUCGAUGCCAGGACGUGCCAAUUUUGGCGGAGAACAUUGGCAUGAUUAUGUUACGGUCAAUAAACAUUUCGCUGUGCGCACCAUUGAGGCACUGGAGAAGUGUCUGGCCAAUAAAAAUGGCAGCGAGAAGAAUCCUCCGAUUGUUUGGAUACACGAUUAUCAUUUGAUGUUGGCAGCCAAUUGGGUGAGGGAGCAUGCCGAGGAGAAGAAUCUGCCCUGCCGUCUGGCAUUCUUCUUACAUAUACCUUUCCCGCCCUGGGACAUCUUCCGUCUGUUGCCCUGGUCCGAUGAGAUAUUGCAGGGUAUGCUUGGCUGUGAUCUCGUUGGCUUUCACAUUCAGGAUUAUUGCCUUAAUUUUGUGGACUGCUGCCAGCGUAACCUUGGCUGUCGUGUGGAUCGCAACAACUUGCUGGUGGAGCACGGUGGACGCACAGUCCGUAUCCGUCCACUGCCAAUUGGCAUUCCCUACGAGCGUUUUGUUAACCUGGCCCAGAAUGCACCCAAAGUGCUGAAGACCUCGAAGCAACAGAUUAUUUUGGGUGUGGAUCGAUUGGAUUACACCAAGGGAUUGGUACAUCGUCUGAUGGCUUUUGAGGCCUUGUUGCUUAAAUAUCCGCAGCACAAGGAGAAGGUCAGCUUGCUGCAGAUCUCGGUUCCCUCACGCACAGACGUCAAGGAGUAUCGUGAGCUCAAGGAGGAAGUGGAUCAACUGGUUGGACGCAUCAACGGACGCUUUACCACUGCGAACUGGGCUCCCAUUCGCUACAUUUACGACUAUGUGAGUCAGGAUGAGCUGGCAGCGCUCUAUAGGGAUGCAGCUGUGUGUCUUGUGACGCCUCUUAGAGAUGGUAUGAAUCUGGUGGCCAAGGAAUUUGUUGCGUGCCAGAUUAAUGAGGUGCCCGGUGUACUGGUCAUCUCUCCUUUCGCUGGUGCUGGCGAGAUGAUGCACGAGGCGCUGCUAUGUAAUCCUUAUGAGGUGAACGAGGCCGCCGAGGUCAUACAUCGUGCCCUGACCAUGCCCGAGGAUGAGCGUGUGCUGCGCAUGGCGCGUCUGCGACGUCGUGAGGCGGAGUGCGAUGUCAGCCACUGGAUGCGCUGCUUCCUCAAGGCAGUGGGCGCCCUGGAGAUGGAUGACGUCGGCACCACCAUCAUGCAGCCUGUCUCUGUGGACGACUUUGAUGACUACUUACUCAAAUACAUCGGUUAUAAUCACAAGCUGGCCUUGCUAUUGGACUAUGAUGGUACCCUGGCACCCAUUGCCCCACAUCCGGAUCUGGCCACGCUUUCGCCAGAGAUUAAGAAUGUGCUCUUCAAGCUGUCCAAUCACUCGGAUGUCUAUGUGGCCGUCAUCUCGGGACGGAACGUGGACAAUGUUAAGAAAAUGGUUGGAAUUGAGGGCAUUACCUAUGCCGGUAAUCAUGGUCUGGAGAUUCUGCAUCCCGAUGGCAGCAAAUUUGUCCAUCCCAUGCCCAUUGAAUACGAGGACAAGGUGAGUCAUCUGCUCAAGGCACUACAGGAUUCAGUUUGUCGCGACGGCGCCUGGGUGGAGAACAAAGGAUCUCUGCUCACGUUCCAUUAUCGAGAGACGCCUGUACAGCUGCGACCCGAUAUGGUCGACAAGGCGCGUAGUCUGAUUGAGAAGUACGGCUUCAGAGCAACGGAGGCGCACUGCGCUCUCGAGGCACGUCCUCCAGUACAGUGGAACAAGGGUCGUGCAUCCAUUUACAUAUUGCGCACAUCCUUUGGUGUGGAUUGGAAUGAGCGCAUCAAGAUUAUCUAUGUGGGUGACGAUCUUACUGACGAGGAUGCCAUGGUGGCGCUCAAGGGUAUGGCGCGUACAUUCCGUGUCACAUCCUCGGAUAUUGUGAAGACCGCUGCCGAUCAUCGUUUGCCCUCGACUGACUCCGUGUAUACGCUGCUCAAAUGGGUGGAACGACAUUUUAUGGGCCGCAAGGCGCGGGCCAAUUCCUUGACUUAUCGACCCACCAAAGGCGAUGGUGUUCAAAUGCAAAUGUCCCUCGAAGUUGCCUCGUCAGCCAACAGUCUCGACGUGUAAAAUACGAUCACACAUACAUAUGUAAUUUGUAAGAUUUUAAGAAUUAAAUAAACCAACAAAAAUAUA